UGUCCCAGUCUGUCGUUCCAUUUGAAUAAUAAUAUUGCAUUUUUGAGAUAUCCACGCUCUUUUAUUGAAACUGUGCCAAAACUGAAUGCGGCAUGUACUGCCACCUACUCAAAAGUAUAAGUAUACAGUGAUUUGAUCAGCUCUCCACUCAUUGACCAUGCCCUACAUUCACGCUCCCCACUUUCACAUCACGAUAAACGUUCGCCGUGCCCAAGACAAUACGACGCCAACUGGUGACUUCCAGUGGCAGACUGUUAUCGGUAUCAUUGUUGGAUUCCUGUCUAUUCUACUCGCCGUCUACCUCCUUCAUCUAUUGUUCCAGUUCCAUGCUUCAGGCGUACCCCGUCGCACCUUCGAAUACGUACUUCCAUCAAGUAUUCUGCGUGCCUCGCAUUCCGUCACUGAACCUGACGUGUCGGGCUCGUUCCCCGACAUCCCGAGGACAACUAGUCGAGCUCCCCCUCCUCCUUAUACAGCAAGAUCAAACACAGCUCCCCUCCCCGCAAUCACAGCCCCACCUCCAUCGUUCCAAGGUGGUCCAGCCCGCCAUCCGCGGAGCUCCCGCCCUUCACCGCGCCGCCACGUAGAUGACCUUAUUUCAAGAGCAUGAAAUGGACUCGAACACAUUGCUGCGGACGCACAGCAAGCCGACUUAUGACGGGCUUCGGCAUCCUGUGCAUCCCUCCGUUACCACUUAGCAAG